AUGGACAAAGAUUGCGACAUGGUAUAUAAGAAUGUUUCUGACAUAUAUAAAUCUGAAGAAUUUAAGACCUACGACAACUUUGUUUCGUUAGUUGCUGAAUGUGUAUGGCAGAUAAGAGAUAAAGAUAGAAGAGGCAAAGUAUGGAACAAACAAAUAAGACCCGCUAUGUUUGAGAUGAAGAGAGCAAUUGACGCUUUAGUUGUUUUAGCUGGUAAGGUUUCAGAAUAUAACGCAAAAAUGAACCCGCAAUGUUCUAAAUGUAAAGCAGCAAUGAGGAGAUAUAACUACUCCGUCAAAGAGAUAGAAAGAAUGAGAAACGACUAUGCAGAUUUAAAGAAAGAAGCAGAAAAACCAGCAGAAAAUAAAAUGGACAUGUUAGAAUUUCUGAACAAAAACUAUCCAACUGCUGACGAUUUCCUUCUAUCUGACGUCAAGAAGAAAUAUAAAGAAACUUUCGGUAUCGUUAAAACAUUCGAUGUACUAAAAGAAGAAAUAGAAGCUACGAAACU